AUGUCGGCCUCUGCAGAAGAUGAGGUGGAGGAGGCGCUUAAGGGUUUAGAGGAUGUAGCUGAGCAGCUGCAGUCUUUGCUGCACUCCGUCUGCCGUAGGGCAACGGCAAUAGCUAGCACGGCGGGUUUUGAGUCCUUCCCCCCAGAGGAAGGGGAGAAGCGUUCUGGUGGGGAAGAAGCAGCAGCAGCAGCAGCAGCAGCAACAGCAACAGCAGCAACAGCAACAGCAGCAACAGCAGCAGAAGAAGCAGCAAUAGCAGCAGAAGAUGCAGCAGCAGCAGCAGCAGAAGCAGAUAUAAUUAGGGUUUCUGUAGAUACAGCAGAAAAUAUACAAAGGGUUUUAGCCAAUAAAGAUACAAACCCUAAUUUUACUCAGGUUAUUAAAGUAUGCUCUAAACCCUAG